CAACCGCCAUUAAAUUAAAAGAAGAAGACCCAAAGUAGUUACUGUACGAAGAGAAAACGCUGGAAGAAACAUGUCUGCGGAAAAGAAAGAUGCUCGAUCAGGGAAAGGUCCUGGUAAAGAAUCGCAGCCGUUAAUAAUCGCCAAAACUCCAGCAGAGGAGCAGCGCUUAAAGCUGGAGAGACUGAUGCGAAACCCUGACAAGCCUGUGAACGUACCAGAGAGACCAAAAGAAUGGAAUCCUCGAGCACCACCAGAGUUUGUGCGAGAUGUAAUGGGUUCAAGUGCUGGAGCAGGCAGUGGUGAAUUUCACGUGUAUAGACACCUGCGUCGCCGUGAAUAUCAGAGACAAGACUUUCUGGAACGAAUGUCUGAUAAACAAAAGCUGGAUGAAGAUUACAUUGAGAAGGUGAAAGAAAAUCAAAAGGCUGCUGAAGAAAGAACAGCCAAACGCAGAAAGAAAAGAGAAAAGUUGAAACAAAAGAAGCUGAUGGCAAAGAAGGCCAAGAUGGAGAGCCAGAAAGAAGAAGGGGACUCAGAGUCGUCGGCCGCAUCCUCUCCAUCUGAAGCAGAAGAGAAAGAAGAUGAUGCUGAGGUGCCCAGCUUUAUCAUGGGGCGGAGGUGACGGCAUGUGAGGCGGUCACAGACGGUGAUCACUGAAGUGUCCAUCAGACGUCUUUAUGACAUCACAUUCAUUUACUGAAGUGUGUGCUUAAAUACUACGAAUGUCAGCUCUGUGGUUUCAGAAGCCUACUGUCAGCCUGUGUCACAGAUGUCUUACUCUGAAGUUGAACAUUUGAAAGGCUGUUUUUUAUUUUGUCAUUUGGUUGUUCAUGAUGAUGUAAUUAGAUUCAACCUGAGCCUUUUUCUGUUGUAAAUAUGUUUUUUAAUAAACAACAAAGCAAAUA